AACCCACACACUAGCGUCACUCAUUUAGCACCUCACUGAUUGCCAUGGGAUGGGGGGAUUACUUCACCUAACCAUUGUUCUUGGAUUUUAGAGUAAGAGGACAAAUGGAAGAUAGGUGCCAGGAGAAGGACCGGAGAAGACUAAAGAAGAUAGAAAAAGAGACAAGAGAGACAGGCGAGGACGACAGAAGAUGGGGAAGUGAGACUGGGGAAACUGGGUUUGUUUUGGACAAGAGGAGACAGAAGAAUACAGCUGGGUUUUUUUGGACAGGAGAAGAGAGUAUGAGACGGGAUUUGGUUUAGACAUGAGGAGGCAGGAGAAAAAGACAGAAAAUAGGAGACAAAAGUCAGGGGGAGACACGGGAAGACAGAAAACAGGAGGAGACAGGGGUUUGGUUUGGACAGGAGGAGCUAGAGUUUUGGUUUGCACAGGAGGGGACAGAAGUUUAGUCUGGACAGGAGGAGAUAGAGGUUUAGUCUGGACAGGAGAAGACAGGGGGAGACAGGGGAUAGGUUUGGACAGAAGGAGACAGGGGUUUGUUUUGGACAGAAGGAGACAAGGGGAGACAGAAGUUUAGUCUGAACAGGAGGAGGCAGCAGGAGGCCAGGGUUUGGUUUGGACAGACUGUGUGGACUUCUGAGUGUAGAUCAGGCCGUGAUGAAGCUGCGACUCAACCUCCUGCUCCUGCUGUGCAGCUCCAUCUGUCUAGAAAUUCUUCAUCACACUCAUGCUCACACUGCAGCUCUUUGGGAAGCAGAUCCUUCAUACUGGAAUGAACAAGCAAAGAAUGUCCUGGAUGAUGCACUUAAACUCCAGCCACGGAAUCACAGGGCCAAAAACAUUAUCCUCUUCCUCGGUGAUGGAAUGGGUGUGUCCACCGUCUCAGCUGCCCGAAUCCUGAGAGGACAGAUGGAUGGAGGAUCAGGGGAGGAGACUGUCCUCACCCUGGAUACAUUUCCUUACCUUGCUCUGUCAAAGACUUACAGCGUGGAUAAACAGGUAGCAGACAGUGCGAGCACGGCUACAGCAUACCACUGUGGUGUUAAAGCAAACUCUAAAACAGUGGGUUUAAGUGCGAGUGCCAUCCCCUACGAGUGUAACACAACCUUUGGAAAUGAAGUCUUCUCCGUCCUGCACCGCGCUAAAUUACAAGGUAAAUCAGUAGGCAUUGUGACCACCACUCGAGUCCAGCAUGCAUCUCCGGCAGCAGCGUAUGCCCAUUCAGUGAGCCGCAGCUGGUACAGUGAUUCUGAUUUACCACCUGAAGCCCAGCAAGAUGGCUGUGUGGACAUUUCCACUCAACUCAUCACCAACACCGACAUUGAUGUUAUUCUUGGAGGUGGACGGAUGUACAUGACACCCAAAGGCACUCCGGAUCCAGAAUAUCCAUCUUCAUCAUCACGGAAAGGUGACCGUGAGGACAUGAGGAACCUGAUCGAGGCAUGGCUGGAUCAGCGGAAGGACAGGAGUGCUCAGUAUGUUUGGAAUAAAGAGCAGUUUAAUGCAGUGAAUGUGAACACUACAGACUCUCUGAUGGGGCUGUUUGAACCUAAGGACAUGAGGUUUGAGGUGUUCAGGAACCGAACACGGGAUCCCUCCAUUGUGGACAUGACUGAAAAAGCCAUUCAGAUACUCAAGAAAAACCCAAAUGGAUUUUUCCUUUUUGUGGAAGAUGAGGGCAGGAUCGAUCAUGGCCACCAUGCUGGUAUCGCUAAACUGGCGCUAACCGAGACAGUGAUGUUCGACAAAGCAGUUCGCCGAGCAUCUCAGCUCACCAAAGAGUCAGAAACACUCACCAUCGUCACUGCAGAUCACUCACACGUCUUCACGUUUGGCGGGAGCACACCCCGGGGGAACCCUAUUUUUGGUCUGGCACCGAAGAAGGCAGAUGACAGACUUCCAUUUACUAGUAUCCUGUAUGCUAAUGGGCCCGGAUAUGUGCAUGUAAACGGGACAAGAGCGAACGUGUCGGCAGUGGAUUACUUUGAUGAGGAAUACAUGCAGCAGGCUGCUGUGCCAUUAGAUGCUGAGACUCAUGGAGGCGAAGAUGUGGCAAUUUACGCUAAAGGCCCGAUGGCUCAUCUUCUCCAUGGCGUCAAAGAGCAACAUUACAUCGCUCAUGUGAUGGCAUAUGCCACUUGCCUCCAUCCCUACACCGACUGUCCCCCUGAACUUAACUCAACCCCCCGUCUCUCUCUCUCUCUUUCACUCAGUUUUUCAUGUGCAGUGAUAUGGUUCGGCUUCAGAUGACGAUGUUAAUCUAUGCCUGUGCUCCCACACAGGCUAUAAUGCACCCACUUCCCUUUCCCUUUUAGAGGUUUUACCUGUAAAAAGAAGAUAAAGGUGAAACUUGAAUAUGUGAUACUCAUUCAGAUCAACAUGAAUUAGGCCCUAAAAUGCUGGUUUCAAUUACACGAUAUGCUAUCUUAACAAUAUGAACUGACUAAAUACAACACUGAACAAAUGUUAGCCAGCUAACUAGAUAGCUUAGCUAAUAUUGCUUGCUAUCUACGUCUAGCUGAUAAAUAAACUAUCAAAAUGUUUAAUUAAAUCUAGAGGCUAGCAUGGAUUUGCAAGCAUGUUAGCUAAACAUAACCAGAUGUGAAUUUGUGAGGGGAAAGAUUAUGGGCAUUUGCUGAGGGCUUUAUUUGAAACUCAGGGAUGGAUUGUAACAGAUUCCCUUUUUUAAAUAAAUAUUGUUUUUGCACUUUUACAGUCAUUUCAACCAUCCAUAAAAACAUACAUAAAGAUAAAGGUCUUUACAUAAAUGUUAAUGUGUCAUUUUUAUUAUUUGUUAGUUGUUUUGUUGUUUAUGUAAACAAGCAAAUUUUCUAUGCAGAAAUUUUAUAGGCAUUUUCUAAAGUAGGAGUUUUCUGUAGAAUUUA